AUGACUCCAAUUAUUGAAGAAACCAAAAAACCUCAAAGCAUGCCGACUGGUCCUCGAAAUGUGUUACGUUCAAAUGACUCGGCAAGUCUUUGGAAUUGUACACUUUCUCCAGGUUGGUCCAGAGAUGAAUGCGACAUUUUACGGAAAGCUCUCAUGAAAUAUGGAAUUGGAAAUUGGGCACAAAUUAUUGGCUCAAAUUGUCUACCGGGAAAAACCAAUGCUCAAAUGAAUUUGCAAUUACAAAGAAUGUUGGGUCAGCAAAGUACAGCAGAAUUUGCCGGUUUGCACAUUGACCCGUUGGUCAUUGGAGAAAAAAAUUCAAAAAUCCAAGGACUGAACAUAAAACGUAAAAACAAUUGCAUUGUCAAUACUGGAAAUAGACCAUCACGUGAGGAAAUCAAACGUAGAAUUCAAAAAAAUAAGGAAUUAUUCGAGAUCCCGGAAGAAGAAUGGAACAAGAUAGAAUUACCAAAACCGGAAGAUAGUCAGGAGAUAAUAACAAACGAGUUAAACGAGUCAUCAUCUAUAAAAGAAGAAGUCAACUCUGACAAUGCAAAGCAAAGGAGGUCAACACGUAAAAGUAAAAAGACAAGGCGUUCAUAG